AUGGCUUCACAGAUCAUCUAUGCCUUCAGCGAGCAUUCAUUUCAUGAACAUCCAUCUCAGGAGCUCUAUGGACUUUCAGAUGUGAUUACAAAAUUCUACCAGCAUGUCCUUUCCUUGGUCUUUGCUGUCAAGGAGAUCAAUGAGAACCCACAAAUCUUGCCCAAUGUUACCCUUGGAUUCCACAUCUAUGACAGCUACAACAACCCUAAAAUGACCUAUCGGACCACUCUGGACUUACUUUUCAAAUCCGAUAGAUUUUUCCCCAACUACAAAUGUGGACUUCGGAAAAUUCUUCCGGCCGUCAUUGGAGGACUUGGAUCAGAUACUUCAUCCCAUAUGGCAGAAAUUGUAGAAUUCUACAAAAUUCCACAGAUGACAGGUCACAGCUACAGCAUUUAUAAUGGGGUUUAUGCUGUAGCUCAUGCUUUGCAUAGCAUGCUAUCCAAGGGAUCCAAUCUGAAAAAAAUCUUGGCAGAUAAAAUUGCUGAAUCUCCAGAACUACAGCCUUUUAAGAUUCUACCAGUUUCUCUGUGCAAUGAACACUGUCGCCCUGGAUCUUGGAAGAGAAAAUCUGAAGAGAAAAGCUUCUGCUGCUACGAUUGUGUUGCAUGUCAACAAGGGAAGAUUUCAAGCAAGACAGAUACAGAAGAUUGUUUCAAAUGUCCUGAAGAUCAGUAUCCAAGCAAGGAUCAAGAUCGAUGCCUUAACAAAACAAUGAGUUUUCUGUCCUUUGAAGAACCUUUAGGGAUCAGUCUGGCCUCAGCUGCUUUUUUCUUCUCCCUGAUGACAACCAGUGUGCUCGGAAUUUUCCUUAAACGUAGAGAUACCCCCAUCGUCAAGGCCAACAAUCGGGACCUCACUUACACACUACUCGUUGCCCUUCUGCUCUGCUUUCUUUCUUCCUUGUUAUUUCUUAGUCAACCAGGGAAAAUAAUCUGCCUUCUCCGUCAACCAGCAUUCGGCACCACCUUCUCAGCUGCUGUUUCUUGUGUGUUAGCUAAAACUAUUACUGUGGUUGUCGCUUUCAUGGCUACUAAGCCAGGUUCUUCAAUGAGAAAAUGGGUGGGGAAAAGAUUGGCUCUUUCCAUUGUCCUUUCUUGUUCUUUUCUUCAAGCAGGUCUUUGCAUUCUGUGGCUGGCAACAUCUCCUCCAUUCCCUGAGUUAGACAUGAAUUCCCUUACAGAAACCAUGAUUUUGCAAUGCCAUGACGGCUCCAUCUUCAUGUUCUAUUGUGUCCUGGGCUAUCUGGGCUUCUUAGCUAUUGCCAGCUUCAUUGUGGCUUUCCUUGCCCGUAAUUUACCUGACACCUUUAAUGAAGCCAAGUUCAUCACUUUCAGCAUGUUAGUCUUCUCCAGUGUGUGGAUCUCCUUUGUUCCAACCUAUCUGAGCACCAAAGGAAAAGCCAUGGUGGCUGUGGAGAUCUUCUCCAUCUUGUCUUCCAGUGCUGGGUUAUUGGGAUGUAUCUUUUUCCCCAAAUGUUUCAUCAUUGUGUUCAGGCCAGAGCUUAAUAGCAGACACCUACUAAUCAAACGAAAUAAUUAAAUUAGGUCUACAUUUUUAUGACUUACACUGUAGGAAUAUUAGCAAAGGAAAAUAAAAGAUUGGUCUUUUAAA